UCAGAUUGACCUUGUAUCCUUGCUUCCUAUUUGAGGGGCGUUAAGCCCUGAUGUGGAAUCCUUCUGGAAGAUGACUCUGAACACCUCCAGCAUGGAUGAGGCUGGUCUGGUCGUGGAGAGAGACUUCUCCUUCCGCAUCCUUACAGCCUGUUUCCUGUCACUGCUUAUCCUGUCUACUCUACUGGGCAACACCCUGGUCUGUGCUGCUGUCAUCAGGUUCCGACACCUGCGGUCUAAGGUGACCAACUUCUUUGUUAUUUCCUUAGCUGUGUCAGAUCUCUUGGUAGCUGUGUUGGUCAUGCCCUGGAAAGCUGUGGCUGAGAUUGCAGGCUUUUGGCCCUUCGGGUCCUUCUGUAAUAUUUGGGUAGCCUUUGACAUCAUGUGCUCCACCGCAUCCAUCCUCAACCUCUGUGUGAUCAGCGUGGAUAGGUACUGGGCUAUCUCCAGCCCCUUCCAGUAUGAGAGGAAGAUGACCCCCAAGGCAGCCUUCAUUCUGAUCAGUGUAGCAUGGACUUUGUCUGUUCUCAUCUCCUUCAUCCCUGUGCAGCUCAGCUGGCACAAGGCAAAACCCACAAGCCCCUCCGAUGGGAAUGCUACUUUCCUGGAAGAGACCACAGACAACUGUGACACCAGAUUGAGCAGGACGUAUGCCAUUUCAUCCUCCCUUAUAAGCUUUUACAUCCCAGUGGCCAUCAUGAUUGUGACCUAUACCAGUAUCUACAGGAUUGCCCAGAAACAAAUACGGCGCAUCUCAGCCUUGGAGAGGGCUGCUGUGCAUGCCAAGAAUUGCCAGACCACCACAGGUAACGGGAACCCUGUUGAAUGUUCUCAGUCAGAGAGCUCUUUCAAGAUGUCCUUCAAAAGAGAGACUAAAGUUUUGAAGACUCUGUCCGUGAUCAUGGGGGUAUUUGUGUGCUGUUGGCUUCCUUUCUUUAUCUCGAACUGCAUGGUGCCCUUCUGUGAGUCUGGAGAGACCCAGCCUUUCUGUAUUGAUUCCAUCACUUUUGACGUGUUUGUGUGGUUCGGGUGGGCUAAUUCGUCCCUGAACCCCAUCAUUUAUGCCUUUAAUGCUGAUUUUCAAAAGGCAUUUUCAACUCUCUUAGGAUGCUACAGACUUUGCCCUACAACAAAUAAUGCCAUAGAGACAGUCAGCAUCAACAAUAACGGGGCUGUGGUGUUUUCCAGCCAUCACGAGCCACGGGGCUCCAUCUCUAAGGAGUGCAAUCUGGUCUACCUGAUUCCACAUGCAGUAGGUUCCUCUGAGGACCUGAAAAAGGAGGAGGCAGGGGGAAUAGCCAAACCCACGGAGAAGCUGUCCCCAGCCCUAUCAGUCAUAUUGGAUUAUGACACUGAUGUCUCUCUAGAGAAGAUCCAGCCCAUCACACACAAUGGACAGCACCCAACCUGAACUCCUAGAUGAAUCCUGGCAUGCAAAAGCUAAAGGAGAUUUCUUUGGGACUUGCUGUU